AUGAACCUCCUCAAACGAUUGCAAUCUCUUUUUAAAUAUCAUCAUGCCGAACAUACACUCAGCGCUGGACCUGAAAGCCAAACCGAAACGCCAGCGUCCCAUCCAAACGGCAACGAUGACCCAUAUCGCAAUUUGAGCGAAAUUACGGCCCCAGAGCCUGUGGAACGACUCACAGAUGACGAAUGCACUAGAAAGGGAUCGCUAGAAACGGAGCUACUAACUGCCUCGCGCGCCAGGGGCCAGGCGGACGAGGACGAAUACAGGGCACUUAGUGAAGUCGCAGCACCGGAGCCUUGUUCUAUUAGUCGAUCAGGAAAUGUAAAAUAA